UAUCAUUGUGCCAUUGUUGUGAACCUCCUAACCUCUAAAAAGUAGAGAUUUAAGUUUGAUACUUUCCAUAGAAAGAAACAAGGUGUUUAUUAUUUUAUCACGAUAAUCUUGUCGGUUUUAAUUUUAAUUACAAAGAUUUAGUUUAAUUCGUUUAAAUUAGACGUGAGGGGCAACCGAACCUCAAAUUAUUUGAGACAGAAAACCUCAUCAUGAGGAUGGAUAUUGUGUCCACAAACAGUGAAAAUCUGCUCUCCAGUUUCCCACCGAUUUUACGCCAGAACUUUAAGGAAUUGUUCCUUCACGGGAAAAUCGGUUUGACUCCGAUUGCAUUGAACGACGUUAGGCCUUCAAAAUAUUACGUUCGGAACAACCAAAGUUAUGGUUAUUCAUACACAAUUAAAGUUCCUUAUGCCAGUAAACGACUGAAUUGGGAAUUAAUUUUUUGCCCUGAAGACUUGAAAUUUGCGCCCGAUUUUAAUUUCAACGACGAGACUUUUUACCUAGCUUAUGACAUUAAUUCAAUCAUUGAAAAUGUUCCAAGUUUGGAGCAAUGGAAUGUUUACGAUGCCAAGUCCUUGAUCACAGUAUUGAAACAAUUUCUUAGUCUUUACAAAAAGCAACAACUUGAAAGGCUAAGUGAUAACAUCUACGCGCACGUAAAUCUCGAAUAUCAGUCACUUGUUCGAGAGGUAAACCCGCAUGAUGUUGAGAUUUACUUGGAACACACUUGUGCCCACUUUUUGAUAAGUGUGAAGGUUGAUGUUUCAGCUCUUCCGGAAUAUUUACAACCAAUCAUGAAUGGUCAAAAUGACGAUUAUUUAAACCCUGGUGACGACACUUGUUAUUUGAAAGUAUCAUUCGUGAAAUUGGACGGCUCCCGAGUCAAUACUUCCCUCCAGUUAUCACCACGCAUUGAUCAGCUAAUUAAUCGAAAAACUUUCCAUUUCCCGGACUUUGUCAAGCACUCAUCGUUGCCCGAAUACGUAACAACCGUCACCAAUUUGUUGCAAGAACACAUCGAACAAUUAGUCAUUUACCACAAACUCAAAAAAGAGUUUAUGACUUGUUUGUGCACAAUGUACGCGGAAAGCGUCCUAGAAUUUGAUUCGGAAAAAUUCGACAAAGCCGAAAUAUUGCUAGAAGUUGACGACUAUCACUGUCUCGUCCAAAUUGAAAUUAAUCAGACUUUCCCCGAAGAAAAACCCACAGUUACCCUAAUUGCAAUCAAUUGCCACCCUUUGGCAAACACAUGCAGGGAAAAAUUGGACUACGAGUACAACCCGCAUUGGACACCUGAGGAAAUGUUGGCAAAACUGAUGGAUUCAUUGGGUGAAAACAUCCAACGUUUUGAAAAUCACAAACACGCGUAAAAACAACAACUUUAUUUACACUAACAAUAUUUGACUACAAGGCAAUAAAGUUGACUCAAACGUUGCCAAUCGAAA